GUGCUUCAUUCUUAAUCAAAGUUGUUGUUCGAGUCCCUGCUGCCAGGGACUCGAACGUGGUAGUUAAAAUUGUACCAUUCAUUUUUGUGGCGUUGGUGGUAAAUAAAUUAGAAGUUAGGAGAUUUCGACAUUAAGGGGAAGGUCCGGAGGAGGUUCUCAAUCCACCAACCGACACUACAGGGUCUCUUUUAUGUUUUUUCUUAGCUGUGUAUCUUUUCUUUCUCAGCUCACCUUUUUCUCUUUCAGAUCACUCAAGAUUUUCAUCCUUAAUUUCAGAACAAAAAGAACGCUGAUACUCAAGAACCCUCUAGGCAAAAAAAAUUCCAGUCUAUGUGGAUUGUUGACUGGAUCACAUCUUUUGAAGAUUCAUACCUAGCAGUUCCUUUUCUAGUUUCACAUUACAAUCAGAGUGAAACACGAAACUGGUGGACAAGAUAGUAGACGAGGAGGUUAUGGUUUUUGUACAUUAUUAGAGGUUCACGACUUAUCCAUGAUAACUGUCUACCUAUAAAUUUAUAAUUUGAAGUUCUUAGUAAAGGGGAAUUACAUCCUAUUGUCUAUAAAUAAAUUUUUGUUCACUUCUUCUGAAGGCUGAUAAACUGUUUCUGUUUCGUGAUGCGACAGGUUAUGAUCUUUAUAUACACUGUUUCGUUCACAACUUUGUAUUUCAUCUCCUUUACCCCUCCUCUUAACCACUCUUUCUCAUUUUUUACUUGCAUCGUGGGUAGCUGGACGAUUAAAUUCGAGCAUCGUGUUCCUCAUAAUGCCACUGCGCUCUAAUUUGCUGACAGGUUUCUUUAUUCAAGGAUUGUGCAUAUGGAUCAUGAGACAGGCGAAUCGGUGGAUUCUGUGCCUUCAGAUAAUAUGAGUUGUGAGCAUGGUGAUUUUGAAUGCAAUAUCUGCUUUGAAAUAGCUCAAGAUCCUAUUGUGACUCUUUGCGGCCACCUUUAUUGUUGGCCUUGUCUUUGUGAAUGGUUGCAAGUUCAUUCACAUUCCCACGAAUGUCCAGUUUGUAAGGCUGUCAUUGAGGACCAGAAGUUAGUUCCUAUAUAUGGUCGAGGCAAGACAACCUCUGACCCAAGGUCUCACAUACGUCCAAGGAUGAACAUUCCUAACCGUCCAGUAUUUGGACCAAGACCACAAACAGCUCCAACACUAGAUAUGAACUAUUUCCGACCCGAUGAGUUGGAUCAAAUGGGGGGAUUUAUGCCUAUGGCCAGUGCAAGGUUUGGAAACUUGACAUUAUCUACUCUUUUCGGAGCUAUUCCAUCUUUUUUUAAUCUUCAUGUGCAAGGAUUUCAUGAUGCUACUGUAUAUGGUGCAACAACAGGAGUUCCAUACCUCUUCUCUAGUUCACUUCAUGGGGGUUAUGCUCAUGGAUUUCAUCAUUCAAUCCAUGUAGAUGGUACUAAGUUUUUUAUCAAGAUGUUUCUCUUGAUUAUCGGUUUCCUCUUAGUUGUUUCCUUAAUUUUGUAGAGAAUGUCAUAAAUUAAUUAAGAUGUAGAAUUGUUAAUCAUGUGUAUAUAUGUUUAGAGUAGUAGACUUAUAUUUAUGUUUAGCAAAGCAGGGUGCUCAGUUAUCCUUCAUUAUAUUCAGAGUUAGCC